AUGGCUUCUUUGGACAACUAUAUGAUUCAGACCCCUGCGGACGAAUGGUCACUUCUAGGCUUUCUUAUGUAUCGCAAGGAACAAAAAGAUUUCUCGAGACUAAAGGAUAAAGAGCAUUUCAGAUACCAAAGGAGUUUGAUGGCCGUGUUGUCAUGCGACGAAAUCACCAUAGUUGAAAAAGUAAUGGCGCAACGUUGCCUUGACAAUUUCAAGAAUGAGAUUAACGGAGAAUAUGUUUGUCGUUUUUGGCGUAUCAUCAUUUUAGAAAAGCAAGAGAUCAGUAAUGAGGAAGAGGUUCUGGACGAAUUUCAACCGCCAUCAAAAAGGCUUAGGGAGGAUAAACUCGAACAGCCACAUACUCCAGAAGAUAAGACAGAAAAGCACAGUUACCGUAUAGAUUACCUUAUCGGUCCUGGUGUUUCCGAGUGGCACCUGAAUGAAGAUUCAACACGAUGGGUUGUAGGUAGCAUCGACAUUUCCGAGAUAUGUCUCAAGUAUCGUGCUGUAGUGGUUAAAAAAUGCGAAUCCAAGGCAGUCAUCCUGGAUGCUAUCGAAGAACUGUUAAUCGCGUGUGAGAGACUAAGUCACAAAGAACGUCAAGCAGCCGCAAGUCGUUGCUUACGAGUUUUUGAGACCGCAACUGAAGAAGAAGAAAUAAUGGUAGAAAUAUUCCGGGGCUUGGUUGACAAUGAGCAGUCUUUGUUCAUGGGAAAUAAAAUCGUUGAGGACACCCACGUUAUUCAAAACGUCAAUUCGAUAAUAAGGCCCUUUUUCAAGAAUAGUAGAAAAAUCACUUUUGAAGGGGCGAACAAAAUUGCAGAGUCAUCAGCAAUUGCCAAAAGACGUUUUGAUCCUGUUCUUCUGGGCAGGAAGCCAGAUUUCACCGUCAUAACGGCGAACCCUAAGAAACAUGUUGAGUUGCUCAUCGGCAAGGUGAGACCACAGAAAACGAGAGAUGCACUUGUUUCGGAGGAUCUUGUCUCUCUUGGUAAAAUGAUGAAGCGCGCAUUAGAUAAAUCAAUUAAGGAUGGCGUAGAUGAUCUGGUCAUUUGUGGCCUGCAGGUGAUCGGGUUUAUUGGAAGAGCCUACGUGAUGGAUCUCCGGUUUGAAGGGGUUUAUCGCAUGAUAUUUAUUGGAGAGUUCGAGCUUCCAAGGGGUUCCGCGUCAUGGAGUACUGUCUUGCGGUGUUAUAGGGUCAUGAACACAAUUCGGGUUAUAGUCAACGAUAUGGCCACUUUAUACCAGCCUGCAAUAAGAAUGAACAUUAAACAAACGAAAUCAGAGAAGAUAAAGUUGACCAAGCCGAUGUUCCAUAGCCCGAUGGAGGUACCGAUUUGA